UAUUCUAGGAGGGCCGCUACAUCUGGCUCCGCGAAGAAACUUCCUAAAAGAGCUGUUGUGGAAAUUUCAGUUCCUAACAUUCAUGAAAUUCUGAAUUUUACACCGUCCAAACGAAGUGAAGAGGCAGAUCUUACAUCGAAAUUUUCUCUCUACCUGCUCGGACAACUUGUAUAUGGCUUGGUUCUCAUUUAUGACCGGCAGGUCACGCUUUUUUCGUUUGAUGCUCGUUCUGCAUAUGAAGCAUGUAAGCGGUUACCAAUGGAGGAUCUUCUCAGUUCUGAUUUUCCAAUAAGUGACAAAGCAAGGAAACGCCAACGUCGUUCGAAGUUAGAAACAAGGGAACAUAAUCCUGAUAUUGACGUUGACGAGGAACCAGUCAACAGAUUCGUAUGUCUCGCCCGUCCGUGCGAUAUCACUAUGGUCGAAAAUGAGCCUGUGAUUUGGCAGCGCCCCGAUGUUUUCUUUGACGAUCGAAAUCAACUACCAAUUGAUUUAAGCAAGCAGGGAUUUAUCAAUUGGAAUGAUCUACGAUCAAGCGGGAGCUCGAAGGAAUCAGUUGAAAAAGUGGAAGAGAUGCUC